GAGGAAUGCCCAGAGAAUGAAAGCUCGACCUCCCUGCUGUCAGCAGGGUUGCUGCCACCCCAUCUUCUGUGUCAAGCUCAGGAGAGCCUAGAUCUCUCAGAGGACCUUCCAGACCUGUCAGUAAUGACAGUUCAGUACAGCACCCUUGAGGACGACAGUGGAAAACUAGACUCAAUAGGAUCUCAAGAGGAAAGCAGUGUCCCUGCUAGUGUUUCUCUCCCUCUGAUUUCGAAGACCGCCGAGUGUCAUGGCAGCACCACCUUGAGCCUUAGGCAGGGUUCAAGCUGUAGUGCAAACCAAGAGCCAUGGCCGUCAGCGACACUGACGCGAGAGUCUUUGGGAAUCACGGGGAUCAGCAAUGCAGAGCAGUCAGUUGAUGCUGCAUUGAAGCUCCCCAGAGAAAGCCAGAUGCCCGAAGUGGUGCUGUCGAAUACUGGCUCUGUGACAGCCCUUUGCUUGGGGUUGGAGAAGGAAGCCAAUGCCCCACAAGCCUUUCUCAGUAAUGAAGUUGUAUCAAGGCACAAGGAUUCUGCAGUGAGCGUGUCACCGGAUAGUUUGGAGUCUGCCUGUCUGGAGCAGUCCAGGGAAGAAGCGAUGUCUGAGUCAAUUGCCAGUACUGUACCUGUGUGUCAGGAGGACUCGCAGCCAAAAGGAGAUGAAUUGGAAGGAGAGAAGAUUGGAGGAGUGUGUUUGGACAAGGAAGAAAUUGAGAAAAUUGAGCAAGUGGCAAAGCAGGCAGUUUCCAAGGUCGUUUUGGCAGCAACUGAGGCAGUGCUGUCUGGUUCUGCAAGGGAUGUUUCCACUCGGAGCUGCCAGCCCACUGCCAGCCAAGUUGAGAGACCUCGGGAGGUGGCAAGUGCUGUUCCCUCUGAUCAGAUGCUUGCGGAGGAAGCUGCGGUAGCCAGUGAGAACAUUGCUGUGAGGAGUGGUGCUGUGGUACUGACAUCCCCACGGACAGAGAAACGGGAUCGGAGUGUGACAGAUCCCCGCUGUUUAACACACCGCAGUUUAUCCAGCCCUGUUCAGGGAAAUCCCAAAGACUGUCAGAAAAGGAACCUUGUGUGCAGCAAGUCCCAAGGAGCUGAUGGUACCUCUGUGGGCAACCACGGAGGGGCACUGGAAAAGUCGCCUUGGGUUAUGGGGGACUCUGGGUGCAGCACAUCCGCAUCUGAAGGUGGGGCAAGUGUGGAGGACCCCUUGCAGAAGACAGUGCUGUCUGAUGCAUCAGGCCAGCAUUCGGACUCACGGAGCAUGUCUGCAAACCGAGACACGUCUACUGAGGAUUGCUCAGUACCAAGUGGAAAACCUACCCUAAAGCUACCUGACGGGAGCCAAGUGCCAUACAGUAAUGGGAUACUGAGGGAGGAUGCUCCAGACUUGCCUCAUGAGUGUAGCAGGGCGGAAGGGUCGGAUGGAGAUAACUUAAAAG